AUGGAUGAACCAUAAGUAGUAAAAAUUAUUGUAGUCGGCGAAUCAUAUGCUGGAAAGACAUCAUUGUUAUAGUAAUAUUGUUAUAACGAGUUUGAUCAUAAUCACAGUGCAACAAUUGGUUGUGAUUUCACUUUAAAGUGGAUUACAAAAAAUGGGACAAAACUGAAGUUAUAGAUUUGGGAUGUGGCUGGAUAGGAGAGAUUUUAAAAUUUGUCUAAAAUGUUUAUACGAUAAGCAAAGGGUUGCUUAAUUAUGUGUGACAUUACUAAUAAGAAAUCCUUGGAAGCCGCUUUGUCUUGGCGUAAUGUUGUUAAGGAUAUUGCAGAUGAAGUUCCUAUAUUUUUAAUUCAAAAUAAAACUGACUUAUUGUAAGGAGAAAGAGAGGAAUACUAAACUGAAGAAUAUUUAACUCAAUUUGCACAACAACACAAUUUUACUCGUAGUUACUAGAUAAGUGUGAAACUAAAUGAGAAGGUAGAUUUGAUAUUUUACGAGCUUGUGGAGGCUAUGAUUGAGAAAGGGGUCAUAAAAUUAGAAGACAGUGUGAUCAAAAGUUCCUUUGUAAUUAAAAACGAUAAUAAUGAUCGAAAUAAAGCAAAGAAAAAAGAAUGUUGUUGA